CGUGCGCCCUGGUGUCUUUCUCACCAACGUCAAACUGUCCGACCAGCUUGUAUUUUCUAGCUUUGCUGUUUGUCUUCUGCGCCAUUACCGGACGUGUGAAUGGUAUCCUCGUUUACUUUAGGAGACUCCUUUGAACUGAACACCUCUCCGACCAAUUGACCUAGCAUCUCCCGUGUUACACCUUCAGACAAACCCAUAUUCCACAAUGGAACCCGAACUCCCUCCUCUCUCGCAGUCCACCCGAUCAGCAGCAGCAGAUCUAGCCCGGUCUCGGGUCGCUCCACCGCUCACGCGCAAGAGGACACAUCCCGACCAGGACGACGAGGCUGCCAUGUCCAGCGAUCCCGCUCUGUUCUCCAGCGAUGAGGCAGCCCCCGGCGCCGAGAACUAUGUCUUGGGAAAGAGGAAGAAACGCACCUUCAAGGGGUCGUGGUGGGAUCGCCACCCGGCCGAGCCAGGAACCAGGGAAGGUCUAAGGGAACGGCGCCAGUUCAGGCGCAAUUUCGACUCGGGGAUCUUCAUGGGCAGUGAGAGUGAGGAUGCCCUCUCGAGUGAUCCGAUCACGAUAGAGGAGGAGUUUCUGAGGGAUCAACGAGAGGACAAAGACAAUGGUAAACGGACUGGACCCUUCGCAUCCUCGCCAGAAGAGGAGAGCCAAAUGAAGCCGAGAACAAAGCUAGAUCCCCGGACCAUGGUUCAGAUCCCCAAGGAGCAUGAGCAGGUUUGCAAGAUCAUCAGGCAGUGUCUCGAUCGCGGAAAAGAGGAUGUGGACUUGUCAUCAAUGUCUCUGUCGAGUCUACCCGCUGAUGUCACAUCGCUUCAGACACUCAGCAAACAAGACGAGCUAGCUCCAGGUAUGCUGGACAUUGGUACUAACCUUGAACCUCAAUUACGACUGUUCCUGGGCAACAAUUGCUUUACAAGAGUGCCAACUCCCAUCUUCAGCCUGCACAAUCUCCGUGUCUUGUCUCUCCGCAACAACAAUCUCACAUAUAUCCCGAGUGCAAUAGGGGAACUGGUCAACCUCGAGUCUUUGAACAUCGCUGGUAAUCAGUUGUCUGAGCUGCCCUCGGAGAUCCUCGACCUUGUCACUGAACACAAGUUGCAAGAGCUUAGGAUACACCCAAAUCCUUGGCGAAUCGUCGAUGGAGUGACGAUUGACAAGAUUAUAUGCUGGGAUUUUUUUGGAGAUAUAGCAUUUCGGAGGCCGCAAGCUCGGGUCUUCGAGAAGAGUAGUCUCUUCCCGCCGAACUCCCCUCAAAUCCCUACACUCACCGAAUUAGCUCUUCUGCAUCUCGCCAGCUAUGACCCACUAGGCGACAUCGACUUUGUCACCUACAUGCCACCAAACACACCCGAAAAUGUGUUGAACCAGUUGAGACUACUUAGGCAGCAGCCUGCACGUCGGUGCACCGCCUGCAAAAAGAGAAUCGUGUUGGCGCGAGAAGAAUGGCUGGAAUACUGGUUCAUUGAGUAUGCAGAGAACGGCGAAUUCCCAGCUCUGUCAGAUUUAUUUUUGGAGGAGAGUGUGCCGGUGCCUUUUCGAAGAAUACGGUGCUGGGAAUGCUCCAGAAGCUCAAAGUUGAGCGAUGCGAAAUGGGAUAUGAAGCCCGAGGACCUUUCGAAGGAUCUUGAAGGAGCCGACUUGAUCUUGCAUUUCGGUCUCCAGAGCGUUUUGUGAGCUUGUCAUGGUUUCAAUGCGCCGCAAGAGACGAUGUUAAUAUACUACCUCGUUCAGUACCAGUUGCGUUUACCGAUAGCGCUGCCUCUGUCAAGGGAGGAUUGCUGCGGCAUUGCAGCAAUGCGUGUAUCACCUUGACAGGUCUUUUUUGGUUCUCGUCUGCAGUGUUGCUUCGAGACGAACUUGUGUGAAGGAGGAAUCAUUUGUAAGCUGCGUGUUCGAGGCCGGGAUGCUCUCCAACUUGGACAUGGCGGAGUGCUUUGUCUGCGAUCGGUGUGUUUCGCCUCAUAGCCAAUAUUGGCCAACCGGUGGGGAGAAGAUGCCAACGGCCACAAAUUCGAGCGGUUCCUUCCAGUCAUUAAAUUCCACGACACCGUUUAGACUAGACAAGGACACGUCUGUACGGAGUUCAUAUUAAUGGUACCUAGGAAGGACGGGUACGAGGAAUGCUGCCUCGCAAGGCUGAGCAUAGCCUUCGUGAUCACGUGCAAGGCUCGAUGACAAGGGGGGCAUGAAACAGGAAUGGACCAAAG